AUGCUAAACGAAUUGUCCCUGCUCAAGUUACUUGCUCACCACGUGAAGUUUAAGUUGAAAUUUUCACAAGCGAGAUCGUCGAGAAUUGUUGGCAAUGGGCAAAGCAGCCCAUGUAAGUUGUAUAAAGGUCAAACGACGUUUUAUCGAUGGUAUCGGAUUCAUAGCAGGCAGGGGACGUCCUUUAAUAUUCAAAAAACGGCACUUAAUAAGAUGGGCUCUGUUGCACCUGCAUUGGUUUGUCUAGGUAAUCCAUUGUUGGACUACCAAGCUACAGUUACAAGCGAUUACUUAGCGAAAUACACAUUGAAAGCCAACGACGCUAUCUUGGUGGAUGCCGGUAGCGAUGAUCCAAAAAUGGCUAUCUUCGAGGAAUUGCUAAAAUUUGACGAUGUCAAGUUUGUCGCUGGUGGUGCAGCUCAAAACUCUGCUAGAGGAGCAGCUUACGUGCUAGGGCCUAAACAAGUCGUGUACUUUGGAUCAGUUGGGGAAGACAAGUAUUCGGAGAAACUACUGAAGGAGAAUGAAGCCGCCGGUGUUAUCUCUAUGUAUCAAUUCCAAGAGAAAAUUGGUACCGGGAAAUGUGCUGCAUUGAUCACUGGUCACAACAGAUCUUUGGUGACGGAUUUGGGUGCUGCUAACCACUUCACUCCAGAUCAUUUGGAUAAUCACUGGAGCUUUGUUGAAAGUGCCAAAUUUUUCUACGUUGGUGGUUUCCACUUGACCGUGUCGCCAGAGGCAAUUGUCAAGUUGGGUAAACACGCGAAAGAAAGCGGCAAACCAUUCGUAUUGAAUUUGAGUGCUCCAUUUAUUCCACAAUUCUUCAAGGCAGCUCUAGAAGAAGCUUUGCCUUACACUACUUGUAUCAUUGGUAAUGAAUCUGAAGCCGCUGCUUAUGCGGAGGCAUUCGGUUUAUCCGAGAAGGAUGAUCUAAAAGCUAUUGCACAGCACAUCGUUGGUGAUUCGAAGGACAGAAUUGUUGUCUUUACUCAGGGUUUGGAUCCAACAUUGGUUUAUUCUGCAGACGGUGCGACUAUGUAUCCAGUAAAGCCACUGGAGGCCUCAAAAAUCGUCGACACAAAUGGUGCAGGUGACGCCUUUGCCGGUGGAUUUGUGGCAGGUCUCGUUCAAGGAAAGUCCUUGGAAUCCGCUGUUGACAUGGGUCAAUGGCUAGCUGCCCUGUCCAUUCAAGAAAUAGGUCCUUCUUAUCCAAAGACGAACGUCAAAUAUCAAGCUUGA